UUUUGCAUGCUUUUUGAGUGCAGAUAUUUUACCUAUAAUUUAUAUCUAUUAAUUGUUGACAAGUUACAAGUUGAAGUUGACUUCAAUGUUUUUGAGUUGUGUGAUUUUUCUGUGAAGUUAGCGACUCAACUUGUAAAAAAAUAUGUUUAAUUUUUGAUUAAGUGUAUUGUUACAAUAAAACAUCAAAAUGUCGGUUGAAAUACCGUUGAUGAGCACGGAUGAGGUGAUAGACCUAGAUCCAGAACAACUACCUUCUGGAGAUGAAGUGCUUAGUAUUCUGCAACAGGAGCGAUCCCAGCUCAACGUCUGGAUUAAUGUCGCACUUGCAUAUUAUAAACAAAAGAAAAUCGACGAUUUCCUUAAAAUACUUGAAGCAUCCCGUGUGGAUGCUAAUAUUGACUAUAGAGACUUUGAACGAGAUCAAAUGCGCGCUCUUGACAUGUUGGCUGCGUAUUACGUUCAAGAAGCUAACAAAGAGAAGUCGAAGGAUAAGAAAAAGGAGCUAUUUACAAAAGCAACUCUCCUUUAUACAAUGGCAGAUAAAAUAAUUAUGUAUGACCAGAACCAUCUUCUUGGGCGAGCAUAUUUCUGUCUUCUCGAGGGAGAUAAAAUGGGCCAAGCUGACACACAGUUCAACUUUGUGCUUAAUCAGUCACCAAAUAAUGUUCCAUCUUUACUCGGUAAAGCUUGUAUAGCAUUUAAUAGGAAAGACUACCGCGGAGCGUUAGCUUUCUAUAAAAAGGCAUUGAGAACUAAUCCAAACAGUCCAGCGGCAUUACGUUUAGGAAUGGGACACUGUUUUAUGAAGCUUAACAAUCAGGAAAAAGCUAGAAUGGCCUUUGAGAGAGCCCUGCAACUGGAUCCCCAGUGUGUAGGUGCAUUAGUUGGCCUUUCUAUAUUGAAACUGAACUUACAAGAAAGUGAAUCCAACAAGAUGGCCGUCAUCAUGCUAUCAAAGGCAUAUGCAAUUGAUCCAAAAAACCCUAUGGUGCUAAAUCACCUGGCUAACCACUUCUUUUUCAAAAAGGACUAUAGCAAAGUGCAACAUUUAGCGCUUCACGCAUUUCAUAAUACUGAGAAUGAGGCGAUGAGAGCAGAGAGUUGCCACCAUCUUGCUCGAGCUUUUCAUGCUCAAGGGGACUGUGUUCAAGCCUUCCAAUAUUAUUAUCAGGCGACCCAGUUCGCCCCGCCUAAUUUUGUAUUGCCGCAUUAUGGUUUAGGUCAAAUGUAUAUAUAUAGGGGGGAUACUGAAAAUGCAGCGCAGUGUUUCGAAAAAGUUCUUAAGGCUCAGCCGGGCAAUUAUGAAACAAUGAAAAUUCUUGGUUCAUUAUAUGCCAAUUCACCCUCACAACUACAAAGAGACAUCGCUCGGCAACACUUGAAAAAAGUUACUGAGCAAUUUCCAGAUGACGUUGAAGCUUGGAUUGAACUUGCUCAAAUAUUGGAACAAAAUGAUCUCCAGGGCUCAUUAAAUGCUUAUUCAACUGCAAUGAAGAUUUUAAAAGAAAAAGUGAAUGCUGAUAUACCAGCUGAAAUACUAAACAACGUUGCAGCCUUACACUACAGACUCGGUAACUUGUCUGAAGCUAAGAAAUAUCUUGAAGAUGCGUUAGAAAGGGAAAAGGCCGACGCCGAGACUCUGGAUGCACAGUAUUACAAUUCUAUUGCUGUUACCACUAUGUAUAAUUUAGCGAGACUUAACGAAGCUUUAUGCAUUUAUAAUAAAGCUGAGAAAUUAUAUAAGGACAUUUUAAAGGAACAUCCUAAUUAUAUUGAUUGCUAUUUACGAUUGGGUUGCAUGGCUCGAGAUAAGGGUCAAAUCUAUGAAGCGUCAGAUUGGUUCAAGGAAGCACUCAAAGUGAACACAGAGCAUCCAGAUACUUGGUCUCUGUUAGGUAACCUACAUUUAGCCCAACAGGAAUGGGGACCUGGGCAGAAGAAGUUCGAAAGAAUUCUGCAGAACUCUUCUACUUCUAAUGAUGCAUAUUCGCUUAUUGCUCUUGGAAAUGUAUGGUUACAAACUCUACACCAGCCGUGUCGUGAAAAAGACAGAGAGAAGAGACACCAAGAGAGGGCACUGGCUAUGUAUAAGCAAGUCCUUAAGAAUGACCCGAAGAAUAUAUGGGCUGCUAAUGGAAUUGGAUGUGUUUUGGCACAUAAGGGUUGUAUAAAUGAAGCACGUGAUAUCUUUGCACAAGUGCGAGAAGCGACUGCAGACUUUCCAGAUGUAUGGAUGAACAUUGCACACAUCUAUGUUGAACAGAAGCAGUACAUCAAUGCUAUACAGAUGUAUGAGAACUGCAUCCGCAAGUUCCGCUUACACCACGACGUGGAGUGGCUGACGUGGCUGGCGCGGGCGCAGACUCUGGCCGGCCGAGCACGCGCCGCGCGCGCCGCGCUACUCAGGGCCCGUCGUGUGGCGCCGCACGACGCCGCGCUGCUGCACAACACGGCGCUGGCGCUGCGCCGCCUCGCCGCGCACGUGCUCAAGGACGAGCGCUCCGAGCUGCGCGUCGUGCUGCGCGCCGUGCACGAGCUGCACGUGUCGCACAGAUACUUCCAGCGGCUGUCGGGCGGCGGCGCCGGCGCGAGCGCGGCCGCGGCCGAGCCCGCGCCGGCGGAGGGCGCGGAGCGGCGCGGCGAGAGCGCGGCGGCGGCGGCCGAGGCGCGCACGUGCGCCGACCUGCUGUCGCAGGCGCAGUGGCACGUGGCGCGCGCGCGCCGCCAGCACCAGGAGGAGCUCACGCUGCGCGACCGCCAGCGCGAGCAGCGCGAGGCCUUCCGCCGCCAGCAGGAAGAGGAGAGAAAACGUCGCGAGGAAGAACAGGCAAAGAGCACAGUAGAAAUGCUACAAAAACGACAGGAGUACAAAGAAAAGACGAAGAACGCCCUUCUAUUCGCCGAAAUGCCCUCUGAGAGCAAGUCUAAGGGCAGAGGUAGGAGGCGAGAUGAGUACGUCUCUGACUCUGGCAGUGAACCCGACCGGCCUCGGGAGGAACGCAAGGAAAGCAAGCGCAAACGCAAGCGUGAUGGAGAGGGCAAGGGAACCGGACGUUCGAGAAAAAAGAGAGAAAACCGUGGCUCUAACAGUGACAGUGAUGCUCCUAAGAAGCGUUCGCGAAAGAAGGGAGAAAGGGGUAUCGGACGUCGCGAAAAAGCUAAAACGGCGGAAGAGAAGCUUGGCGCGAAACAACGAGCCAAGAUCGUGUCUAAGGAAACUAUAUCGACAUCCGAGUCGGACUCGGAUAAUAAUCGCAAGUCGCGUAGCCGUAGUCGUAGUGGCAGUCGCAGCGGUAGUCGCAGCCCGCCCGCUACUAAAGGGAGAAAGAGGAUCAUGUCUGCGUCUGAUAGUGAUCGGUCCCGAUCAAAGAGCCGGUCGAAGUCUCGCAGCCGAUCGCGUUCAGGAUCAGUUAAAAGCCGUUCUAGAUCCAAAAGCAGAUCUAGAUCUAAGAGCCGAUCUAGAUCCAAGAGUCGAUCUAGAUCUAAGAGUCGAUCCAGGUCCAAGAGUAGAUCUAGAUCUAAAAGUGGAUCGAGGUCUAAAAGCCGCUCUAGAUCUAAAUCCGGGUCGAGAUCCAAAAGCCGUUCUCGAUCGAAGAGCAGAUCUAGAUCUAAGAGCAGAUCUAGAUCUAAAAGUGGUUCCCGAUCCAAGAGUCCGUCUAGAUCGAGGUCCAGGUCUAAAAGCCGUUCGAGAUCGAAGUCAAAGAGCGCAUCGAGAUCAAGAAGCCGUUCCGGAUCUAGAUCCCAUUCGGAAUCAAGAUCAGAAUCAAGGAACUCGAGACCUGCUACACCGGAAUCUAGGAAGUCUGUUUCAGCAAGUGAAGAUGAAGCUUAGAUGUAUUUGUGUAAAUAUAAUUUACUCGUGUGGUAAAACUGUAAUUUUCUUUCAAAUAGAUGACUAUAAAAAAAAUUUCUAUUAAAAAAAUUUAAAAACAGUGGAAAUUAUGAAUGUUAUAUUUUAAACCAACCAUCACUGACUUUGUUAAUAUUUUCCGUAAAAAGAGAUGUACAGUCAAAAUAUAAAACUUGAAUUUGUGAAAAAUUAUAAAAUAUUUACAUUCUAUGUAAUUCCUUCUACAGUUUAGACUCUCUCACAAUGCGACCUGCGUCCAAUCUGUUUAACAUGUAAAAGCAUGCAGAGCAAAGAAAUAAAUAUAAAAACAAUUUUGUAAAGCAUUAAUUUCAUCAAGACCGACGUUGAAAAAAGGCAUAUUUUCAAGAUAUAUGUCACAUCCAAGCUGUUUCUGUCAAAGUUCUUACUUGAUGUUAUUACAUCUGAAGCUUUUGCUAUGACAUAUUAUUCAUUGUGAAAACUUUCAAUAAAUCUAACAAGUAUUACAAAUAGAUCUGUGAGUCAUAUAAUAUUCAAUAAAGAAACUAAUUUUUGUUUGCUUCAUUCCAAAAUGCCAUACAAUGCUUCAAUUAUAAUGCAUGAAAAUUAUACAUUUGAUUGUGAAUACUUAGUUAACAACAUUGACCUCUUUUAAGUCCAUUUUCAAUGUAAAUUGAUUUGUUAAAGUAACUAAUUUGUUUUAUAAAUUCAAAUUAUAAACACAACAUAUAAAAAUUGUUCUUUUACAAAAAUUAAUUACAUGUAAGUGUUUUUUCUUAUAAAAUAAAAUGAUGUGCAGUCAUUUUCAGUGUAUUUAUAUUUUAACAUAAUUAUGACUUCAAGUAAGUUAUGAAUACUCGUUUAUUCCCUCUGAAAUUUGGUAAGGUAAUGUUAAUGUUUCUUAAUUGUAAAGUUCAUUCGUUCAAUAUAGUAUUAACAGC